AUGUCUGCUCCAACUGGCACUGUCCCGUCGACCUGCUGCGGCCGCUCUUCUGGAGAUGGAUGCGCUUGUGCGAAGGAGGCGACCUGCUCGUGCGGCAAGAAGUCUGCGCUGCACUGCGACUGCGAGAAGUCGUCUACUGAGAACACAGUCUCGGGCGCGAGAUGCUCAUGCAACCAACGCGCCCAAGGCGCAUGCACCUGCGGCCGUGCCGGCGAAGAGAACAAAGGUGCCGCAUCGAGUCUCGAGACCGACUUCACCACCAAGAAAUAG